CCCCCCCCUGUGUUAGUGUAAAGCCCGGAUAACAUAAUAAAUGCCACUAUUGAGACAGGAACGCAUGUUGAAGGGCUUUAGGUAUGCACUUAAACAUACUACUACACUCCUUAUACAGAAGAUCAUAUUCCAACUCUCAGUUACAUAGCUUAGUCAACCUGAUUUGAAACCCAAGAUUGCUGUUUACCAAACCCUCCGCAUAAUGGCCGCAAUUCCCCGCCGCCAGAAAGCUUGCAUUCCCUGUGCGGAAUCCAAACGGAGGUGUGACAAACAGCUUCCCGCGUGUCGCCGGUGCAUUGAGAAAGACUUGGACUGUGCUUACCCUCAGCCCAGGAAACGGCGUCGGGAUCCGGGUACGGCGCACGAAACUCAAGCUAUUCCAACCUCAGGACACACCGAGAGUCUAGUUUUGCCUGAACAAACUAGCUUCAGUGGCACUGCUGGUUCCGAUGCUACAAGCGGUGUUCAUCCCGAUCUUGGACACUGGGAUCUAAUAUCUGCAAAUAACCUCGAGGCGGCUUUCCUAGAUGAGGCUAUAACUCCACCCCAAAUAACAUCAACGGCUCCGACUCCUAUUCUCAUCCCAGAUCAGGCGCUCUCAAUUCAUGAUAGCAACAAUUUCCUGCGGAAAUCAUCUACCCCUUUCUUCCUACAAGAUGACACUUUCAGGAUGCAUCACAAGCAACAUGACCCCGAUUGUGUGACAACCGUGGAAAUGGAGCCUUUCAUCGGCGAAGUAGAGAAAAUGCUGCAGUCUUGGGUCACAAAUGGUUCCAGCAACUUCAUACACCGGCGAUUAUACGACAAGGGCAUGCCGACCUGUGUGCAGGACGCCUUCACGACUUUCGCCGCGUACGCGAACCGGACUCCAGCGACAAAAGAGACGAUCCUGCAGAUCGCAGACGACCGCGCCACCACCCUCACACAACACACAGUCAAUCCGGCCGUCAAUGGUAUCCAGGAGAUAUGGGCUCAUCUAGCUCGUGUCCACUCCCUUUUUGUGUACGUGUUCAUCCGUCUUUUUGACGGCUCCGUACGCAUGCGGGCAUCCGCGGCACAGCAAAUUCCUACCCUUCGGUCAUGGUUAGGCCAGAUGUGGGAGACUGUGAAGCGGCACAAUUGGGAUGACUACCCGUCAAUCCGGGACGCCUAUCGCCCACUCUUGGGGACAUCGAGCGAAUUCCACAGCGACUACGACACGGCGACGGAGAUCUGGCAGCUCUGGAUAUUGACAGAGAGUGUGCGACGGACAUAUCUCAUAAUAGACAUCACGCUGAACACUUUCGAGAUAAUGACAGUAGGUCGGGCCGAUUGUGAAGGAUACGUCCUUUUCACUGCGCGUUGCGGACUGUGGGAUGCCAACUCUGCUGUGAAAUGGUUCAAUCUGUGUCGUGGCGACGCUCGAUCUCCUUUGAUGGUUCCUUCUUUGACACCCCAGCCUGUGAUAUCGCAGUAUCUUUCGACAGAAUUUGACGAGUUCGCCAAGCUGUGCUGGUCAUUCGUAGUCGGUACGGAUAAAAUCCAAAGCUGGGUUGAUAGAAUGCAGUGAUUGAAUAACACAAGAUCUGUUGCGCACUUUUGUGUACAACCAAAUGAAGCUGAUAGUUGCUCUGCGCAUAAGGUAUCAUACCAUUCAUCCUUCAUGUGAGAUCACCACAUCCUAAAGUUAUGCCAGCAGUAACCUUGGUAUUAUCGUCUGUAUUUCAAUC